AUGUCCUACAUGGAAGGAGAAGACAAUGGCUCCUCCCCCAAGCAGCGACUUGGUAAUCUAGAGGAAGACAUGCAACGAAUGGAGGGACUCCUCCACAACCUCAUAAUUGCACAGCAACAGCCUUCCCCUGCCCCUGCCCCUGCUCCGUCUCUGGCAGUGGGUCCAGGCGUAUCUCUUGGACAACAGGCCAGCUCGAGACCCCUCAUCCGCCCCAACCCCCCAUUCGCGUUCAACAGGGAUCACACCCAGGGCAAGACAUUUCUCCAUUCCGUCAAGCAGUACUGGCACCUCCUUCCCGAGGCCUUCCAUGUGAACAGCGUAGUAUCAGAAGAGCGGGUGGUAUGCUUUGCCCUCUCCUACAUGUCCAAGGACUUGGCGGCCUCCUGGUCAGAACGCAUGUCAGAGCACCUUGUCUUCCCAUUCCCGACCUGGUCUUCCUUCGUUGCCGAGUUCAAGCUUUGGUUUGUCAAGGAGAACGAGCAAGACCAUGCCCUGGCACGACUGGAGACCCAUGCUUACUACAUGGGGUCCCGCGACGUGUUCAAAUACACAAACAAGUUCGACGACCUCCUCGACUUGGCGGGGUACUCCGACAACUUGAUCAAGGUCACCAAGUACCGGGCGGGUCUAGACCCCAGAAUUAAUCAGGCAAUCACAACCUCCGGUAACUCACCCAGGCUCACAAACUACUCGGAGUGGCGCACCCACGCAUUCCGCCAGUACAAUGCCGAGGUGGCUGCCCAGGCUGCACAAGGACAGGCGUUCCCUCCACCCCGUGCUCUGCCUCCUGCGGCUCCUGUCCCCGCCCCAUGGCUCCUCCGGUGGUUGCCCCACCUCCUGCUCCCCGACCAGCCCCGGUAG